AUGAGUAUUGGAAUAGGAGACCAAGUAGAAUAUAUUCCAAUAUCUUGUAAACAACAAAUAGAAGACCCUAAUACAGUAUAUCCAAUUAACUUUAAAAAUCUAUAUUCUAAUCAGAAACUGGAGUUGAAAUUAGAAAAUGAUGAACUUAUGGAGCCAAUUUAUACUACUAUUCAAGUUGGAAAUACCUUUUCUCAACUUGAUGAACAACUUAUAGCAAAUAUUAAAAUAGAAAAUGUUAACAAUUCUUUAAAUCCUCCUCCUCCAGAUAUAUUUAAACUAAUUCAACCAGAAAUAAAUGAAAUAAAAGACAAGAGAAAAAAAGCCCAGAAAGUUCCUAUACAUAUUACUGAGGAUAAAUCAACCUUUAUUGAACAUACAUUAAAUAAUAAAACAAUUGUAGAAACUUAUUAUAAGGAAGAUGAAUCAUUUCAAGAAGCUCUCUUAAAAAGAUCUUUUGAAAUAGAGGAUGUUCUAUUAAAACAGCAAGAUGAAGCCUUAGAAAAUAUACAAAAGGCACAAAAAUCACAAAAAGA